AUGAGCGGAUCAGCUGUCGAUAGAGCCUUAGAAUUAGGUACAAAAUAUUUCAAAAUCCAGGAUUAUAAAAAUGCCAGAAAUGUCUUUUCGAAAACAGUUAAAUUGAUCCAGAGUUGCAAUGAUGAGGAUACUGUUAAAUUUCGUGAAUCUUUGGGUUUAACCUCUCACACAUUUACCAGUUCUAAUGGGAAACCCAAAAAGAUAGUAGUUCACCCUAGAUAUAUAAAACUAUUAGAUAAUCUCUCAGCAACCUGGGAAAAGAUGAACGAACUCUCAAAAGCUCUAAAAGUUGCAGAUAAAAUGAUUGAGAAAGAAUCAUAUAACCUAAAAGGUUAUAUACGGCGUGGCAUCUUAUUACAGAAGCUUGGUAAGGAAGACGAUGCAUAUAAAAAUUAUAAAAUGGCAUUAAAGAUGGCAAAUUAUGGACAUGAUUCCCUGAAGAUGGAUUAUUCUCCUAAAUUUCUUGAAUUUGUACAGAACAAGAAACGAAGUAUUAAGGAAAAUAUGAUGAAGUUAAAGAGGGAGAAAAGUAAUCUAGAGCGCAAGCGUGUAAUUAUUGAUCCCAUAGAAGAGCACAAGCAAAUUAAAAAAAGCAAGGUUAUUCAGGUCAGCGAAGUGGAAGAAAACGUAGGAAUAGAUUUUAUAAAUGAUUUGCCCAUGGAAUUAUUACCAUACAUAUUGUCUGGUUUCAAAACAAGUGAACUUUUUAGACUAAUGACUGUAUCUAAAGCUUGGUGUAAGAGGAUUCGUUUCUGGUCAGUAUUGUUUAAUGUAUUCAAUCUCAGGAGAGUAACUUACAAAGAGUUCUCUCAAUUUAUUAUUUUUAUCCAGAAAAUUUCAUCAUCAAGGUACAGUAGUAUUAAGGAUUUAACCAACCCUGAUAUACAAUAUGAUAAUAAACAUUUUAUCAAAUCCAUUACGUUAUCGUCAAGAUUACCAUCUGAAGAGAAAAAAAUGCUAAAUAUGUUCUUUAUGAAUUUACAGAAUUAUAGUACUGAUAAACUCAUUGUCUCAACUGUGCAGGCUUCUAUCUAUGAACUAUCAAAAUACGUUAUACCAGACGAUACUUUUUGUCGUGGUGUGAAAGAUCUCUCUAUAAUUACAAUGCUUCGGGCUGAUAAACCUGGUGAUGUUGAAUUUUUAUCAAACUUCCAGAGUUUGAAUAAUUUAGAACUUAUUUUUAAUGGCUCAUUAGUUCCGGUUACGUCCAGUUUUAAUUCAAAUUCAAAUUUGACAAAUUCAAGAAUUUUAAGUUUAAACCCAGCAUGGAGCUCUAAUUUGAGAAGUCUACGAAUAAUAUGUGACCAAAAUAGGGUUAAAUCAUUUCCGAUGGUCUCUUUUUUGCUAGCAAAUUCACCGUUGAAUUGGUCCUCUCUGAAUAAAUUGUGCAUAUCUGGUGUAACUUUUGAUGAUACAGUUAUUGAUUUUCGAUGGUUGUUACAGUUCCAAAAUGUGGAAGAUUUAUGGUUAGAAAAUAAUAGAAAUGGGAGAUUUGCGUCAUUUUUGAAACUUUUAAAAGAAAAUCAUGUUUUCAAGAACUUAAGAUCUUUAACUUUUAGAGAAGAUAUUAAUAAUGGAAGGUGUGAUGUAGAUGUAACCGACUCUUCCAGCAUGUAUAAAAAGAACUUUCAAAAUAUCAAUAUAUUAGAUUUGAUGAAUACAUGCAUCUCAGGUUCGGGUCUGUAUAAUCUUACUAGCUUUAUUGACACAGAUAUCUUGCAAAAGUUAAAUAUCGGCUUCUGCUCAUAUAUUGGAUUCUCGAAACAAAGUCACAUAAAUGAUUUGAAUAAUAUAUCUACUGAAAUGCGUUUUUUUGAACGUAUGAAGAACCUGAAAGAAUUAGACAUUCAACAGAUGGGGUCAUUGACUGAUAACAGUGUGUCAGCAUUGAUAGAACAGAUUUGGUAUCUGAAUAAUUUAACUAAAUUGGAUUUAUCAUUCAAUCAGUCAAUAGGAGGUUCGUCAGUAUUUGACCUAGUACGUGCCAUAAUUAAAAAUAAUGGAAAUAAACCAUUACAUAGUUUAAUGUUAAACGGAUGUCCGUCAGUGUCCCAUGUUACAGUAAAUAUGAUGCGUAGCAAAAAAUUGGUUACAAAUAUGGAAUGCGUUUAUGAAAGGGAAAGUUGGGAACGAUUCGGAGUUAAUUCAUUUAAAUAUCGUAUUUAA